AGGAGAGGGAGACUGGGGGUCGGGAGGGAGGAAGGGGACUGGUGAAUAAGGGGCUGGGAGAAAGGGGUAGGAGCUUGGAGCUGAGAUCGGAAGAGGGGCUGCUGAAACAACCACUUUGUGGCAACACUUUGUGGAGCGAAACUGAAACUGAAGACCAAAAAGCGAGGAGUACUGUAUUGGCGGAGGAAUAUUGCAGACAUAUCCUCUUCUGGAGACUUUUCGCCCACUUUUCUGCUUUGGUGUUGUUCCUUCUUCUUAGCGUCCAGAUUAUGAUUUUUCUUUCUUUGUGUGUUCUCGAGAUCUUUUCCCAUUGCAAGUAAAUGUUGCUUUAUCAUGAUACCAUGUUAAUGAUCGUCUCCGUGAAGCAGCUGAUGGUGGAAGACCUGUUUCUUGGGUUUAAGCUAACAGCCGAGCCGGAACCCUUCCAAACACCUUUAUCAUUUAGCAGCUGCUCGGCAUAUUUAGCUAAAAAGGCAAGCAGUGAAUCUAUCUAAACCUUCACGAGAGUCGAGGUGUACCUAGAACCGGAAUGUGGUUAGGAUCAAUAGUCAACCGCAGGGCCAGGGAAGAGAAACCUGCAAAGUAAUCUACAAAUAUCAGCGCGCACAGAGUAUAAACAAAUUGAUAUUGGCAAAGUGCCCUUGAGAUGAACUACAGAAUGCAGCAAAAACUGUGAUCAUGGUUCAUUAUAUAAAUGGAAUGCCAUGAGGCAUCUCCACUCAGGGAAAACACCUGCAAUUCUACUGCGAAAACAAGUAGAAUUUAGACACGGCGAAACGUGGGGCCUGCAGAUGCUGGAGAUUAGAGUCCAGUGUGUGCUGCUGGAAAAGCACAGCAGGUCAGGCAGCAUCCGAGGAGCAGGAGAGUCGACGUUUCGAGCAAAAGUUUAGACACAGCCAGCUAACAUUAAAUUGCGAAGUUGGAACUUACAAAUAUUAUUUUUCCAAAGAUUUAAAUACUAUAGUGCGGGUAUAGAAUUCAAGAAACGAUGCAAUCUCCAGUUAAUGAAGGAUGCCAUUAUUCAAGAUUCCCAUUGUACACAGGUUUGGAAUCAUUUCCCAUGCUGAUCAUCUACUAAUUGAAAAAUCCAUUGCUGAAGAAACACAGAAACUUUCUAAUACAAAGAAUGCAGCAAGAAGAAACCCUUUUGAAGUCACAGAACAAUUUAUUCAGCAGUUUAAUCAUGCAAAAGAGCGAAAGGAAAAGGAACAAAUGAUUGAUGUGGCUCGUAAGAUGCUUACCAGAAACAAGCGGAAAGCUGGAUUGAAUGCAAUGGGUUCAGGGAACCAUGUUAAUCUACCGUUAGCUUGGACAGAACUAGCUUUCCUGGUUCACUGUAAGGAGAAAAUACAAGAAGAGGCUCUGGAUAUUCUCUUGAUUUCUUUGGACCAAGCACCAUUGCACCCAGACCAGAUUCCUGUAUUGUUCUUUCUUGCAGAGUCUGUCUUGUACUGGAUCUGUACUGAUGCAGUAAAGCAGUCAUACCUCUAUGCAUGUGAAGUGAAGAUAAUAAAGCUUGGAUUUUUAACAUUUUUAAGAUUGUUUAUCUUCCACCUGACUGGACUUGUUCAAGCUUUUAAGGAAUGUAUAUUUCGCCUUCAUACUUAUCUAGAAGGUCUUCCAGAACGUGAAGCCUGUUAUCAAUCAUUUCCAAAUAUUUUGCUGGAUGUUCGUUUCAUUAUUACAACAGGAGAAAUAAUUUGUGGCUCUGUGAAAUCAAAUGAAGAAUAUUGUCAAAGGACCGGUAAUUUAGUUGAAGACGUGAACAAAAAUGUUUGUAGACUUCAGGUAAGAACAGCUUGCCGGUGUCCUCGGCAAGUGGCUGAGCCCCAACAGAAAGUAUGUAACAUCAGUCCAGUGCUAAGGGAGUGCCUCCUGGUUUGGAUUUAUGUAAAACAUAAAAUUCAACACUUGGAUGAUAUUCUGAAACAUCUCCUCCUAAGAGAGCAACUGUGCAAUACGGAUUGGAUUGAUUCUGCACUUGGUUUGUUGCUCUUGGGUGAAGCUGCCAAAAUGAACAUGGCUUGUUUGAAGGUCUUGACAGAGCUGGGCACAACUCUUGUAUCACGUGUUGGUUCUAAUAACAUAAAACAGCUAAUUCAUCUCUAUUGCUGUAUACUUGGAGACAUUUGUCUGUAUGGAAGUACCUCAGAAAUUCAAAAGGCUGCUCUAAACGGAUAUGGAAAUUCAUCAAAGUCACCCAAUAGGACGAAUGCACCCGGAUUGCUCCAACUUCUUCAGGUCCAGCCAGCAACAGCACCAGGAGAUGAUCAGGAUAGUAAUUGGUGGAUUCGUUAUGGAGCAGCAUACAGUUUGGCAAAAUUCUGCCACAUUCUUUAUGGUGACAAGAACCAAAAGGGGUUGAGGAAUGCUGCAUGGGAUGCUCUCCAAAAACACCAAAGCUUGGAGCAGGAUACUCAAGUCUUGGGAGCUAUUAAAGUAGCUGAGGCAGAGUUAAAUGGCCCAAUAAAUCCUUUCAUCAGUGGAAGCUCUAAAACAUCACCAUCUCUCAGGAACUCAGUAGCAGUUCAUUUUCUGGGUUGGCGAAUAGCUAGCGUUCUGUCUCAGCUUUGCCUGCCUCCUGUGGUUCCUUAUACCGUUUUCCCUCGGAUGUUGCCACAACGGCCAAUUCGUUCAAGGUCUCCACUUCCGAAACAAGUGAACAUAGAAAAGAAAGUGGCACGUCUUUCGCUCAGACAAGAAAUAACAUUAGCACAAGAUCAUGAAUUAUUGCCUGAUUUUAACACUCGAACAAAUUUCAAUCUGCGGAGAAUAGUGGAAGAUCAGUGGAGAAAAGAGUUGCAAGCAGAAAUGAAAAAGAAAGAAAAAGAACGGGAGCUGCAGCUCCACGAGAAACAGAAAAUAGAAACAGAAGAUUUUAGUGAGAUGAUAAAGAGGAAAGAGGAAAAACUUCACAAAAAGUCAAUCCUAUCUGAAAUUCCAUCUUAAUGGGAAAUUUCAAGGAUAAUGGCGAGUACCCAAAUUAUUUAUUGCUCCAUCAGAGAAACAACAUCCCCUGGCGAGGGAGAAGUGUCUUCUAUGGAAAUACUGUUUUUACUUCCCAAUUUUGUCUGUGGUAUUGUCAGAAUUUGUUAAAAGACAACAGUGGAAGUGCAACUUCUAAUUCUUUUAACAGCUAUUAUUAAUGGAUACAUUUUAUGUCCUAAUAAAAGACAUACUGCUUUACAGUAAUCUAAGAUCUUUAUUAAAGGUUAUUCUUGAGUGUUUCUAUGUCUGUUCUAGACAGCUGUACUAGUGCUAAAAAGAUAGAUCAUCAAGUUAUCAUUAUUCCAUUUGCCAUUAUUUCCAAUUUGCUAGCUUAUUUAUUUUAACACAAGCUGUAAGUUUGCCAUUGUAAACACUUUUUUUUAGGUCUUAAAUCAAUGUUGCACACUGAUUUGCAUUAUUAUAUUGCUCCUCUAUGU